UUGUCUUUAGUGUCUUGUUUUCAGUCGGCGAGUGGAAGGUGGUGUGUGGCGUUAGGUGUGAGGCAGGACACAGGAUCUUUUGUCUGUGUUUGUCUCCGUAGUUUGGCUCGAGGCCUUCCCGAACUUUCCCGGGGCAGUCGGCAGAAGCCGCCGCAACCGCCCCCGCCUCUCCCCUCUGUCUCCGGGACCGGGAGGGCACAAGCUUCGCGUCACGCCCCUCAGCGCUCGCCGCUCCCUUCUCUCUCGUUGAGUCCGCCUCGUAGCCCCGGAAACUAGACGGUGCCCCAUAGAUGGCCAGCUUUCCUCCGAGGGUCAACGAGAAUGAGAUCGUGAGAUCACGUACCAUAGGAGAACUUUUAGCUCCAGCAGCUCCUUUUGACAAGAAAUGCGGUCGUGAAAACUGGACUGUUGCUUUUGCUCCAGAUGGUUCGUACUUCGCUUGGUCACAAGGACAUCGUACAGUAAAACUUGUUCCGUGGUCCCAGUGCCUCAAGAAUUUUCUCUUGCAUGGCACCAAGAAUGUCACCAAUUCGAGCAGUUUAAGAUUAUCAAGACAAAAUAGUGAUGGUAGUCAGAAAAAUAAACCUCGUGAACAUAUCAUUGACUGUGGAGAUAUAGUCUGGAGUCUUGCUUUUGGGUCUUCAGUUCCAGAAAAACAGAGUCGCUGUGUAAAUAUAGAAUGGCAUCGAUUCAAAUUUGGACAAGAUCAGCUACUCCUUGCCACAGGAUUAAACAAUGGGCGUAUCAAAAUAUGGGAUGUAUAUUCAGGAAAACUCCUCCUUAACUUGGUAGAUCAUACUGAAGUGGUCAGAGAUUUAACUUUCGCUCCAGAUGGAAGCUUGAUCCUAGUGUCAGCUUCAAGAGACAAAACUCUUAGAGUGUGGGACCUGAAAGAUGAUGGAAACAUGAUGAAAGUAUUGCGGGGGCAUCAGAAUUGGGUGUACAGCUGUGCAUUCUCUCCUGACUCUUCUGUGCUGUGUUCAGUCGGAGCCAGUAAGGCAAUUUUCCUUUGGAAUAUGGAUAAAUAUACCAUGAUACGGAAACUAGAAGGACAUCACCAUGAUGUUGUAGCUUGUGACUUUUCUCCUGAUGGAGCAUUACUGGCUACUGCAUCUUACGAUACUCGAGUGUACAUCUGGGAUCCACAUACUGGAGACAUUCUGAUGGAAUUUGGGCACCUGUUUCCCCCACCUACUCCAAUAUUUGCUGGAGGAGCAAAUGACAGAUGGGUACGAUCUGUAUCUUUUAGUCAUGAUGGACUGCAUAUUGCAAGCCUUGCUGAUGAUAAAAUGGUGAGGUUCUGGAGAAUUGAUGAGGAUUAUCCAGUACAAGUUGCACCUUUGAGCAAUGGUCUUUGCUGUGCCUUUUCUACUGAUGGCAGUGUUUUAGCUGCUGGGACACAUGAUGGAAGUGUGUAUUUUUGGGCCACUCCAAGGCAAGUUCCUAGUCUCCAACAUUUAUGUCGCAUGUCAAUCCGGAGAGUGAUGCCGACCCAAGAAGUCCAGAAACUGCCAGUUCCUCCCAAAGUUUUGGAGUUUCUCUCCUAUCGUGUUUAGAAGACUCUGUCUUCGCUAUUCAUAGGGACAGAAAGAAUAAGAAUACGUUUUGCAAAAACCUCAAGCUUUACUGAUUUCAAGUAUCUGUUUAUAAAGGUUUAGAAGAUUUAUUUAAUUUGCUACAUUCUUGUUCUGCAUCAGUUGAGUUUUUAAAAUACUAUUUAUAGACUAGAGAAGGAUUUCUGAAGAUAUCAGAUGUAAAUUUUUUUAAAGAUCUAACUGUGAAAACGUAUACAUACAUGUAUAUAUUUAGAUAGAAGCUGCUAUUUGUUGAGUGGACCCUUUUGCUUUUCUAAUUUUUAGUGUCUGACAUGUAUAUAUUGCUUCAGGAGAGCUGCAAAUAUGUAUCUUUGCUGUAAAAUGGAAGGAAUUUUUUUAUUCUGGGAAAGUUAGAUGGUAAAUAUUAACCUAUAAAAGCUGAAUUGCCUCAUACUCAAUGUUUUUGGUGGGGGAGGAUCAGAAAGCUGAUCUGCAACUAAAACACAGUUUUUGUCUAGGGAAAGGAUUUUAUUUUCCUUAAGAAUGGCAUCUGAGAGGUAGAGUUUGAAUGUGUCAUUAAAUAUAGAACAGUGCCAGAAUACAACUGGUUAAAAGGGUAUACGCUUUUUUGUUUUUUGUCUGUCUAAUUAGUGCUGCGGGCCUUAAUUUUGGAAAGCAGCUUUCUACUUUAGCCCUUGUGAUACAAAGUAUUAUAAAUUUUAGUCAAUUUGAAAAGUCCAUCUACUGUAUUAUUGCUAAAUAUUUUGUUUGUACUAAGGGACAGUUAUUUUUUAAGAUAAUGGAUUUUUUUUUAUACAUACUCUGUUUCUGCAGGGGGUGAUAUUGGUGACUUGCCAAAGAGAAGCAAUACAGUAUAUCUGCUUUUGCUUUCUGUUAUUUAUCUCACCUGCAUAUAUUAAGAAUGUAUGCAUUAUGUAAAAUGCUUGAUUAUAUAUUUUUGUUGACUUUUUUAAAAUUAAACACUUGUGAAAACAAAUGAAAGAAAA